GCAGCGGCUAGGCGGCCGCGGCUCUGCUCCGGCUCGGCUCCGGCUCUCGGUCCGGCGGCGGCGGCGGCGGGCGGGCGGCGAGCGGCGCGGGGCGCCGGCGGCCGGAGAUGUCCGAGCCCAAGGCGCUCGACCCCAAGUUGUCCACGACCGAUCGGGUGGUGAAAGCGGUGCCCUUCCCUCCCAGCCAGCGGCUGUCGGCCAAGGAGGCAUUUGACGGGGAUGGGCGCCCACGGGUGGACGUGCUCAAGGCGCACCUGAUGAAGGAGGGCCGCCUGGAGGAGGCCGCGGCCCUGCGCAUCGUGACCGAGGGCGCCGCCAUCCUGCGGCAGGAGAAGAAUCUGCUGGACGUAGACGCACCCGUCACAGUGUGUGGCGACAUCCAUGGACAAUUCUUCGACUUGAUGAAGCUGUUUGAAGUGGGAGGUUCUCCUGCCAACACGCGCUACCUCUUCCUGGGGGACUAUGUUGACAGAGGGUACUUCAGCAUUGAGUGUGUGCUGUACUUGUGGGCCUUGAAAAUCCUCUACCCCAAGACGCUGUUUUUACUUCGUGGGAACCAUGAAUGCAGACACCUGACAGAGUAUUUCACGUUCAAGCAAGAGUGUAAGAUCAAGUACUCGGAGCACGUGUACGAUGCCUGCAUGGAUGCCUUCGACUGCCUGCCGCUGGCCGCCCUCAUGAACCAGCAGUUUCUGUGCGUCCACGGGGGCCUGUCGCCCGAGAUCAAUACCUUGGACGACAUCAGGAAGUUAGACCGGUUCAAGGAGCCCCCUGCGUACGGGCCCAUGUGCGACAUCCUGUGGUCAGACCCCCUGGAGGACUUUGGGAACGAGAAGACGCAGGAGCACUUCACUCACAACACUGUCAGGGGCUGCUCCUACUUCUACAGUUACCCUGCGGUCUGUGAGUUCCUGCAGCACAAUAAUUUGUUGUCCAUACUCCGAGCACAUGAAGCCCAGGAUGCAGGGUACCGGAUGUACAGGAAGAGCCAGACCACAGGCUUCCCGUCCCUCAUCACCAUCUUCUCGGCGCCCAAUUACUUAGAUGUGUACAACAACAAAGCCGCCGUGCUCAAGUACGAGAACAACGUCAUGAACAUCCGGCAGUUCAACUGCUCGCCUCACCCCUACUGGCUGCCCAACUUUAUGGACGUCUUCACUUGGUCUCUGCCCUUCGUCGGGGAGAAAGUCACGGAGAUGCUGGUCAACGUCCUCAACAUCUGCUCGGAUGACGAACUCGGGUCCGAGGAGGAUGGCUUUGAUGGUGCCACCGCCGCAGCCCGGAAGGAGGUGAUCAGGAACAAAAUCCGUGCCAUUGGCAAGAUGGCCAGGGUGUUCUCAGUGCUCAGAGAGGAGAGUGAGAGCGUGCUGACACUGAAAGGGCUCACGCCCACAGGCAUGCUCCCCAGCGGGGUGCUCUCGGGCGGGAAGCAGACACUGCAGAGCGCUACUGUUGAAGCCAUUGAGGCUGACGAAGCCAUCAAGGGCUUCUCGCCACAGCAUAAGAUCACCAGCUUCGAGGAGGCCAAGGGCCUGGACCGCAUCAACGAGAGGAUGCCGCCCCGCAGAGAUGCCCUGCCCGCAGACGCCAACCUCAACUCCAUCCACAAGGCGCUGGCCUCAGAGACUAACGGCACCGACAGCAACGGCGGCACCGCGCAGUGACGCUCCCGCUCAGCCUGAGCUGGCGUCUGCGGGGGGGCGGGCGGAGGCCGUGUGUCUGCAGUGGGCGUCGGGCUCUGGAGCAGCGCCGGGGCUUGGUUUACACGGUCUGUCAGUGCACAUGAGGGGAGAGAGGCGGUAAAGUCGAUUUUGGUGGGGGUGGUGAGGAAACACCUCUGGGGGGGUUGCCUUUUAAAAUGCUUCUGGGGGGGUCUGUAAAGAAAGCUUGUGCGCAUCUCAGUGGUGGUGUUGGGGUGUCGGGGCGGACACGCUCUCCUCCUGCUCCGGGGACUCCGAGGUAGGUGGAUGAAAGGCCUUUUCUUAUGUUACUGGACACGGAAACUUUGUCUAAUUUCUUACUCUAUUGUACGUUUACAGUCGCUGCACUAAAAAAAAAAAAGAAAAAAAAGAAAAAAAAAAGGAUGACAUCACACAUUUUUAACAAAAUGAUGUACAAACUAAAUAAGGACUAUUUAUUGAUAAUGUUUUGCUACCUUUGUCAGACAAUGGCUAUACAAUGAAUUAGGCAGUCUUAAAAAAAAAAAACAGAAAAAGAAAAAAAAAAGAAGAAUGUUACAAAUUUGUUAAAUGCCAAAAAAGGACAUUUUAAUUUUGCACAGACAUGCUCACCUCAGGUUCCUUUACCGUGCUUGAAUCCCCUUCCUCCCACACCACAAUUAACGAAUUUGGCUAUGACUCUUUUCCUUUCUUUACGUUUAACAGAAACUGGAAUAAUGACAUUUAUCUUCUUCUUCUCUUUCUUCUUCUUCUUUUUUUUUUUUUGCUGUUUAUAUUUAGGGGUUUUGUUGAUAAAUCAAGUCUUGGUUGUGGCUUGCUGAAUUAAAUAUUUAUGAGUGGUGCAUUUUUAAGUAUAGUAAACAAGACACCAUAUUAAAUACAGUGAUAAAGCAUCUAUAUUCUGUAAAAAACAAAAACAAACAAAAAAAAAACUCUGCCUAUGCAUGUUUUUUAAGAAAAAAAAAAUGGCUGUCUGGGCCUGUUUAUGGGACUGCAGUGUGCUUGGCGGUCUGCCAUGUACUGGACACGUGUACAGGGAGUCUGUGCCCUACAACGCUUCAUGCCUUUGGAAUUUUGUAAUCAACAAAAAAAGCUUUGAAACUAUCUCAAGGGGAGAGUAUUCUUAAAAGUUUUUAACAUAAGCUUGUCAGUGCACACCUAGAUGGUUAGCAUGUUUAGCAAACCUUGUGAAAUUUAAAUGAGUUUAUAGUCACAUGUGAAACUCUAAAUGCAUGGUAACUGUUGACAUCCCAAUGCUUUGGUUACUUUGUUCUGUUCUGUCACGUGCCACAGAAUACCUACUUUUUUCACUGUCUCCCUUUGUAUAUCAGUUCCGGGUUACAACUGGUUCAUUCUGAAAGCAACAACGACAACAGCGAAAGCCCAUUCACCUUUUAUAACGAUUGUAUAAGUGCCCGAGGAAUUCACUACGGCCUCUCAGCCUGGCCUUUGUAACCUGACUUCUGGAAUGUUGGCAGUCACUGCAUGCACUUGUAACAGUGACAGAGAAGCAUUUCUAUCACUACUCAAUAAAACGCGCAUGAACUCACUGAAAGAGCUCGCCCCCCUUUCCUGAGUCUGCCGAAGGGGUCCUGUGCACGGCCGCCUGCGGCCCCCUCGGUGCUGGCCCACCGCCCCCCCCCCCAGGCACCCUCCGCCCCCCAAGCAGCUCUCUGUAUCCCGAGGCAGGCGUGCAGCUGCCCUCAGCAUACAGAGAGCCCUCGUCCCCAUGGCCGUGGCCGUGGCCGUGGCUGGAGCAGGUGCCCUCUCCCGCUCCAGACUCGAGGGAGGCGGGUGGCUCAGACACCAGGGCAGAACUUUCCGUGGAAAAGACACGUUGUCGUCAGGCUGGGCAGGUUGUGCGGGGCACCCUCUCUGCUGACACACACGCGUGCCCACCCGGCGGGUCCUCACUGAGGCAGCUGCGUUGUGUCCGCGUGAAGCUUGUCCGAGGGGGGCUCCCCAUCUCCCCUCGCCUGUGGAGCUCGUUCCUUUCCAGUGCACUCUGUUCGAUGUGAUGACUCACGCCUGUGUGGUUAAGCAAGGCAGCUAUGGCAGUGAGUGAGGCCGUGUACCCAAACGAAGGUGUUCCGAAUGUCUUCUCUGACAAUGCGAUCCCAAAUUUAUUAAAUGGGUCAGGGCUCUUUCUUCCUGGUAUGUGAUGAAAAUACUCAGAUGCAGCUUACUAGAAGGGCGUGAAAGAAUGACUGACUCUGGUACCAAAAUGUUUAUUUUCUUUCUUAUAACCACAAAGAAAAUAUCCCGACCGACCAAAAAAAAAAAAUCAUAUUUUGGAUUCCUUUCCUUUAAAAAUUGUGCUGAGGCAACUAUGGCAUAGAAAUAAACAUUUGACAUUAAAAUAA